AUGGAGUCUAAGGAGUUCAAGGAUUUCGCCAAGGCGAUGGUGGAUUACAUCGCCGAGUAUUUAGAAAACAUACGUGACAGACAAGUAGUUCCAUCGGUGAAGCCAGGUUAUCUUCGGCCUUUGAUCCCUGACCAGGCCCCAGAGAAGCCAGAACCCUGGACCGCAGUGAUGGAUGAUUUAGAGCGCGUGAUCAUGUCUGGCGUUACCCACUGGCAUUCACCACGCUUCCACGCCUACUUCCCUACGGCUAACUCUUAUCCGGCUAUUGUAGCUGAUAUGUUAUGUGGCGCUAUUGCCUGCAUUGGAUUUACUUGGAUCGCCAGUCCUGCCUGUACUGAAUUAGAAGUCGUGAUGUUGGAUUGGCUUGGUCAGAUGCUUGACUUACCUGAACAGUUCCUUGCUCGGUCUGGAGGAGAGGGCGGCGGUGUGAUUCAGGGUACUGCCAGUGAGGCUACACUUGUUGCUCUCUUAGGAGCCAAGUCGCGUACUAUGCAAAGGGUAAAGGAGCAACAUCCUGAUUGGACUGAAGUACAAAUACUGUCUAAACUUGUUGGAUAUUGCAAUAAACAAGCUCAUUCGUCCGUCGAACGUGCUGGUCUCUUGGGCGGUGUGAAACUCCGAAGCUUGAAACAUGACAACAAAAGAAGCCUGCGUGGCGAAACUCUACAGGAAGCUAUUGAUGAGGAUAUUCGCAAUGGGCUCAUUCCUUUCUACGUGGUAGCCACAUUAGGUACUACAUCAUCUUGUGCAUUCGAUAAUCUUGAUGAGAUCGGCGACGUGUGCAAGGCGCGCGAUGUGUGGUUGCACGUGGACGCCGCCUACGCUGGAUCUGCCUUUAUUUGCCCCGAGUACCGCUACCUCAUGAAGGGCGUUGAGAAAGCCGAUUCUUUCAACUUUAACCCUCAUAAAUGGAUGUUGGUCAAUUUUGACUGCUCUGCUAUGUGGCUGAAACAGCCACGAUGGAUUAUCGAUGCUUUCAACGUAGACCCUCUUUACUUAAAGCACGACCAACAGGGAGCCGCUCCUGACUAUCGCCAUUGGCAAAUUCCUCUCGGACGUCGCUUCCGUGCCCUUAAAUUGUGGUUUGUUCUAAGAUUGUACGGAAUUGAAAACAUUCAAAAAUUCAUUCGAAAACAUAUUGCGUUGGCCCAUCUGUUUGAGAAGCUGUGCCUUGAUGAUGAGAGAUUUGAAUUGUAUGAAGAAGUAACAAUGGGUUUGGUUUGCUUUAGAUUGAAGGGGAGUAAUGAUACCAAUGAGGCUCUUUUGAGGCGCAUCAACGGGCGUGGCAAAAUUCACCUCGUGCCGUCUAAAGUAGACGAUGUUUAUUUCUUAAGACUUGCAAUUUGUUCUCGAUUCUCAGAGGAAAGCGAUAUUCGUAGUUCCUGGGAGGAGAUAAAGGAAUCGGCUGACGAAGUUCUUGCAGAAAAC